AUGUCGGGCAACACCAUGAGAGGGACGCCCAACCGCAACCAGGGCAGGGGAAACAUCCCCUUUGCCAACAGUCCGGCAAACUCGAACAUCCCUCGCCCGGUUCUGGACAGCCAGCCUAGCGAGGCGAGCUCCUCUGUCAGUGCCAGCCGGCAGAAGCAGUCCAAGCGUGAUGAGGCCAUCCGUAGGAAAAUGGAGAAUGAUCUCUCCAAGAAGAAGCAUUUGACGAACCGCGCCAGGCAUUCUCGCAAAGCGCCCCCGGGCACCGUGCUGGCCCUCAAGCCCAGCCAAGCAUUGCAGAUCAAGCCGCAGACUACCGUGUCCGAGGCUGCCCAGCUCAUGGCCGCAAAACGAGAGGAUUGUGUACUGGUCACCGACGACGACGACCGCAUCGCCGGUAUCUUUACCGCCAAGGAUCUUGCCUUCCGCGUGGUUGGAGCUGGGCACAAGGCGGCCAAUAUCACCAUUGCAGACAUCAUGACAAAGAACCCUCUCUGCGCUCGCACUGACACAAGCGCCACGGAUGCACUAGAUCUGAUGGUUCGCAAGGGAUUUCGUCACUUGCCAGUCAUGGACGAAAAUCAGGAUAUUUCUGGUGUGUUGGACAUCACCAAGUGCUUUUACGAUGCUAUGGAGAAAUUAGAGCGGGCCUAUUCUUCCUCUAGAAAGCUCUAUGAUGCGUUGGAAGGUGUUCACUCCGAGUUGGGCGCUUCUCAGCCCCAGCAGAUUAUUCAGUAUGUCGAGGCACUUCGAUCCAAAAUGUCUGGGCCGACUCUGGAAUCUGUUUUGAAUGGCAUCCCCCCCACAACGGUCAGCGUCAGGACCUCGGUCAAGGAGGCCGCUGCCUUGAUGAAGGAAAACCACACCACUGCUGUGUUGGUGCAGGAUGGAGGUGCGAUUACUGGUAUCUUCACCAGUAAAGACGUCGUUUUGCGCGUCAUCGCUCCUGGCCUUGAUCCGGCGAACUGCAGCGUUGUCAGGGUCAUGACGCCCCAUCCAGACUUUGCCCCGAUGGAUAUGACCAUUCAAGCCGCACUGCGCAAGAUGCACGAUGGCCAUUAUCUCAACCUACCUGUCAUGAAUGAUGGCGGCGAAAUCGUCGGCAUGGUCGACGUCCUCAAACUCACCUAUGCUACUCUUGAGCAAAUCAACACCAUGUCUAGUGGAGAUGGUGAAGGACCUGCCUGGAACAAGUUUUGGCUCUCUAUUGAUAACGAGACAGAGUCAGUCAUGUCUGGUGAGGGCAGUCACAGUCAUCAUCAUACCAACCUUGGAUCUCGCAUGAUGUCUCCUGAUGCAACUAGGGAACGCCUUGGGGACAGCGUAGCGCCAGGUGACUCUGCUUCCCACGUCGGUGCUGGAUCACCCGCUCGCUCAAUCGUCCCUGAGAUCCCUGAGCAGAACCCAGCUGAUGUACCGUUCCCCUUCAAGUUCAAGGCACCGUCAGGUCGAGUGCAUCGGCUGCAGGUUGUAGCUGCUCAGGGCAUGGGAGCCUUUGUAUCUGCCGUUGCAGCGAAGCUUGGUGCCGAGGUCGACGCCAUUGGUGGUGUGCCAUCCGUGGAAGAGGGCAAAAUUACCGGUGCUGGGUUUGCUCUCAGCUACAUGGACAAUGAGGGUGAUACUGUUUCCAUCACUACGGACAAUGACCUGCUUGAAGCCAUCCUCCUCGCUCGUCAAAGUCGACAUGACAAGGUUGACCUCUACGCUCAUGAUCCCGAGAAGCCACCAGUGGCACCACCCGCUCCCGUUGAGACACCUGUCAUUCCGACGCCGCCAACUUCUUUUGCCUCCGGUCUCCGUGAGCGCCGAAAAGCUCACGACGAAGACGAAGACGACGAUGAGGACGAGAAUGACGAUGAUGGCGUACCAGCCCGACGCUCAAGGCGGACCAGAGCGGCGCGUGCUCAGGAGCAGCUUAUUGCAGGAGUGCCAAACGAUCUCCUACUCCCUGGUGCUAUUGUGACACUGGCAGUAGUUAUUGUUGGGGUCUUUACUAUUACAAGAGCCACCGGCAGAUGA